CCGAGAGGCCGCGGAACCCGAGAAGAAGGCGCGCUGAGUGGGGCGGGCCCGACGGAGUGCUCCCUCAGGGCCGCCCAGUGCCAACUUUCCAAGGAGGGCGCGCACCGUUAGGGCGUGGGGCAGUUGGUGGGAAUUGGAGAGUAUAGGGGGAGGAAGGCUGAACCCCUCAUCCCUCGUCCCCUGCCUGGCCCCUGCUCCCAGUCCCCAUUAAAAAGACGAAACCUCCACAGUGCCAGCAACGCUGCCCUCAUUUCGGCUGCCCCGCUCCUGCUGGCACCAUGAAGGCGGCCGUGGAUCUGAAGCCAACUCUCACCAUCAUCAAGACGGAGAAAGUCGACCUGGAGCUUUUCCCCUCCCCGGACAUGGAAUGUGCAGAUGUCCCACUGUUAACUCCAAGCAGCAAAGAAAUGAUGUCUCAAGCAUUGAAGGCAACUUUUAGUGGUUUCACUAAAGAGCAGCAAAGACUUGGAAUUCCAAAAGACCCCCGGCAGUGGACAGAGACCCAUGUUCGGGACUGGGUGAUGUGGGCUGUGAACGAGUUCAGCCUGAAAGGUGUGGACUUUCAGAAGUUCUGUAUGAAUGGAGCAGCCCUCUGUGCCCUGGGGAAAGACUGCUUUCUUGAACUGGCCCCCGACUUUGUUGGAGACAUCUUAUGGGAACAUCUAGAGAUCCUGCAGAAAGAGGAUGUGAAGCCCUAUCAGGUUAAUGGAGUGAACCCCACAUAUCCAGAGUCCCGUUAUACCUCGGAUUACUUUAUUAGCUGUGGCAUCGAGCACGCCCAGUGUGUGCCUCCAUCAGCGUUCUCUGAGCCUAGCUUCAUCACAGAGUCCUACCAGACGCUCCAUCCCAUCAGUUCCGAGGAGCUCCUCUCCCUCAAGUACGAGAACGACUACCCCUCAGUCAUUCUUCGGGACCCGCUCCAGACAGACACCUUGCAGACCGACUACUUUGCCAUCAAACAGGAGGUUAUAACUCCAGACAACAUGUGCAUGGGGAGGACCAGUCGUGGUAAACUCGGGGGCCAGGACUCUUUUGAGAGCAUAGAGAGCUACGAUAGUUGUGACCACCUCACCCAGUCCUGGAGCAGCCAGUCAUCUUUCAACAGCCUGCAGCGUGUUCCCUCCUAUGACAGCUUCGACUCAGAGGACUAUCCAGCUGCCCUGCCCAACCACAAGCCCAAGGGCACCUUCAAGGACUAUGUGCGUGACCGUGCUGACCUCAACAAGGACAAGCCUGUCAUUCCUGCUGCUGCUCUGGCUGGCUACACAGGCAGUGGACCAAUCCAGCUGUGGCAGUUUCUUCUGGAAUUACUCACUGAUAAAUCCUGUCAAUCUUUUAUCAGCUGGACAGGAGACGGCUGGGAAUUCAAGCUUUCUGACCCAGAUGAGGUGGCCAGGAGAUGGGGAAAGAGGAAAAACAAGCCUAAGAUGAAUUAUGAGAAACUGAGCCGUGGCCUGCGUUACUAUUAUGACAAGAACAUCAUCCACAAGACAGCAGGGAAGCGCUAUGUGUACCGCUUUGUGUGUGACCUGCAGAGCCUGCUGGGGUACACACCUGAGGAGCUCCACGCCAUGCUGGACGUCAAACCGGAUGCUGAUGAGUGAUGGACGCAGAAGCUAACAGGGACACUUGCUGAGACAUUUCAAUACAGAACAGCUGCAUCUGUUGGACUCUUGGUUUUUAAUUGUUAGCCUAUUUUUAAUUUUCCAGAACUCAGUUUUUUACAUUCAGGGUGGGAGCUAAGUGAGCUUUAGCUAUAAUCAAUGUGCAUGGUUGGAAAAGAAAAAACCAGGACUUUUGGGGUGGGUGGGACAAAAAUCCUGCAGCAAACAUUCAGGAGAGAAGGGGUAUUAUUUUAGAAGCCUAAAGAAUCUGGCUUAAGGGAUGAGGAGAUUAACGUGUCCAAUCAUUUAAAAAAGUCAUCCAUGGAAAAAAAUGUGUCUUGAGUUAUAGACUUGUUAGCAGAAGAAAUCGACCCUCCAGGAGUCAUGGGAAUACAGUUUAGGUCUGGGAGGGGAGACAAGGGAGGUGGAAUACAACGUUUUGUUUCAGGAGGAUGCGCCAAAAAAAACCCAAAAAACAAACAAGGACUAUUUUACCUUUCACUCUACUUUUGAAACAGAUGGACUUCCAUGGGGGAGGGGCCAAAACAGAUCUUUGUGUUUCAAAUUUAUUUUAUUCAAUUUUGUGCCAGUAUUUUUUUCUUAACAAUUGUCUUAAGCUCUAAGGUGGUCUUAGUAUUGCAGUAUCAUGCAAGUUUUGUUUAUUUGCCAGCUGAGGAUUCUGUCACCGUGAAAGACCAACUGUUUAUAUAGACCCCAUGGGAAAAGCAAAGCACCCUCACUGCGCUCUGGGUGCCCAGUUCAAGUGAGAGCCGUGCACGAGGGAAGAACAGGUGCAGAUGGGAGUGUAAGGGAACUGUGCGUCGCACUGUCAUCUGCAACUUUAAAAGAAGACUUAUCGUCACACCCUUUUACUUUUGGGGUUUUUUUUCUUGCCAUUAGUGGAUUCUCCGACUUAAUGUUGAGCUGAAAAGCAUUAAGUCUUUGAACUGAAUGUAUUUUGCAGCCCUAAGUUCAGACUGCAGGGAAUGUAGGAGCACUGUAGAAGUGGUGGGAAGGAAGUCAGGGAGGAAGGCUGACUUGGUACCUUACCGGUUGAUACCUGUCAUCUCUCUGGCUUGCGGUCAAAGCUGUGUGUGUGCACGGCUUUAGCCCUCAGGUCUGAAGGAAUACAUCAGAAUGCAGGUGGUUCCAACUCACACUCUUCCCCCUGAUGUCUUAUUUUAUCACAGUAUCCCACGUUUGUUGCUUCUCCCCUCCCCUCUCCUAUUAGUAGAGAGAUGCACAGCAUUCUGAUUGGUGGGUGAAAAAGUAACUGCAGACUGCAUAUCUGAGUUGAAGAGUUUCUGAUAAAGCCAUUUAGACUUGCUGGGGUUUGGAAGCAGCAGUGGGAAAUAAAAGAGCAUGCAAGUACAACACGAUUGGAUGGUCUUCAGGAGAAGUACAAGGCAUUCCUUCGAAGAAUUUACAAUAUUUGAGAUUUAGAAUGUUAGGGGAGACUGUACGCAGAGUGAGUAAUACAGAUGAUUUUAGGGCUUGGUGCUUUGAUCUGUUAUCUUGGCACAGGGGAAGUAAAGGGCAAUAAUGACAGGAGAGGAAUGUCGAUAAGGCAUAGGAAACAUAAGAAAAGAGACCUGGGUGAAGAAAAUGUCUAUCUCAUUUGAAUAUGUUUUAGUACCCUCAAAGUUUAAAUACAAUCACCUGAGCUCGGCAGCGGGCUGUGAAGACUGACCUGCACUUGAGUCGUGCUGGAGGAAACCAGCAUCUAAUUAGUAAGAAGUGCCUCAUACAGUUAGAAUCAAGCCCAUCAGAUAGCUGCCUGAUUGAAGAGCAUAUUGGAAGAAGGAAGGAUUUACCCGUUUCGGUGAAAGAGGUCAAGAAGCAUUGAAGAAGGGCUUCUCCGGACUAUCCCUGUUUGAGUUUUAGCCAAGACUCUGGAAAUACUACCUUUCAGCAUUAUCUUCAAGAGAGUUCAUGGGUUUCCUCCCAGGUUCUCUUGCAGACUCUAAAUGAUCAAGAACAUGGUAUGUGAUUCCUGAGUGUUCUCAUGAAUGGACUGGAGAAGUCACAUGAAAAGCCAAGGCAGAAUUAGCCCAGCUGUCUAGUUUGAUCUUUCAGAUGCAGGUGCCUUAAUAAGCUCUCAAACUAUUUUAGGAGCUGCUCAGGGAGUGUUAGGUGGAACUGUAUAGACUACAUUGUUUUCUCUAUAAUCAUGUGAGCUUUGUUAGGCACUGAGUAAGGUGUGUGGGUGUGUGUAUUGCGGUGUGCUUAUGCUUGCAGACAUUGAAAAGUACAGCUGAAUUUCCUAGUUCAAUCUUUUCACAUUUUAGUAUUGGACAAGAGUAGAAUCAUGGUCAAGGCAUAGACUAUUGCUUAUAGUUUGCAACCAGGCAUACAAUUACUUUCUCUAUACAUCAACCUUUAACUCCCUGCUGACCCACCUCCCCUGCCCCCGCCCCCACACCCUUCCAUCCCCUUCUUAGGUCUAACCCUUGCAACUCCAGAAAAGCAGAAAAGAGCGAAGAAAGUGCCUCCGAGUGCUCCUGAUCCCACUUGUGGUGUCAGCUUCCCUUUGUCUCUGGGUCCACCAUUUUCAGUAUUUGUAGAUAGCGUGUUAGUUAAGCCGCGUUGUUCAUCUGGCCAGAUGCUCCUCCUUUCCCUUGUCUAAAGGCCAGAAACCACCCCAGGAAGAGUGGUGGGUGGCUUAUACACUGGAAAUGUAGCAGAACUGUUGCAUUUAUGCUUUUGCAAAACAUGUUAACUUCAGAGGAAGGAUGAGCAAGUCUGGCUUCACUGGGUGAAACCCCCGUGGUCCUGGAGAUGCCUGGCCCGUGUCGCUUUUGGCUCUGGGGCUCAGAGUCACUUUUGUCCCCAUCUCCACUUAGGGGAGGGGCUUCUCAUGAUAGCCCUGCCUUGUGGCUCUGGGGACUGGAGGUAGCCUUUGGAGAUCCGAUGGGCUUAUCCUCACGUGGGAGAUGAACGCUCUGGGUUUUUGAGCAUUAACCUGCCUAACCUUCAUAGUGAAAAAUACACCUCUAUUCUAGUCAUGCUGUGCAUGCCGCUUUCUCUGUUGGGGUCUAUAUAAAUUUGUUGAACUCCUACAUACAUUCCAAAGACGUUUCAAG